AAAUAGAGGUCGUAAUAAUUUGAUUAUCAGCAAACACGAAACGUUGCUAAAAUCUCGAGACUAAAUUAUAGCGGAUAGAAAAUAAAAUCUUCAAAUGCUUCAUGAAUUAUAUAAUAGCCUAUUGGGUUUUUGAAGCAUUUUGAAGAACUUGGAGACUCCUGGAUGACUAAGAAAAAGAGAUGAACAACUGGUUUAAGUUUUAUUUCGUGUUUAUACUUAUUUCGUACGUGAAAGGAGGAUUAUUUGAUUUUCUAAAGCGUAAUAAACGAAACGAUGUUGAAGAUGCAGAUUUAGCUUGGGGUUAUUGGAACGCUCCUGUUACAAUGGGAGUGUUCAUUAAUGAUAACUUUCGUUCUGAAUAUGGAGUUGAGGCUCCAUCAAAAAGAACAGAUACUCCUCUUCAUCCGAUGGGAAGUGGUAGUGGUAGCGGUGAGGAGAGCUAUCUUUUUUCAGAUAGUUCAAAACGUAACAAAAUUCCAAAGGUUAAACUAAUAGACUCUAUCAAAAGUUUGAAGUCUAAAAUAGAAGAAAAAAGAAACAAAACAGAUUCUAUGAAAAUAUCCGAACUUACUGCUCAAGCAGCCAAAGUAGAAAUACAAGGAGAAGAUCACGAGGAUACUAAACGAACUAUCUCUAUAACUUGUCAAGGCGAAAAAGAGUGGUUGCAAUGUCCUCAAUACCACCUUAUCAAAAUAAACAGUGCCUUUUGGGGGCGCGACGACUCAACUACAUGUAGUCGGUCAGGUAUAGCGUUAAAAAGAAACACCAACAAAAUGUGCGCUCAAGACGAAAGUAAUACUAUGAUCAAGGUCCAGAAUGCUUGUGAUGGUGAAAACGCGUGCGAGUUAGUGGCAUCGGAGAUAUACUUUGAUCGUACAGAUUGUCCAGAUAUAUAUAAGUACCUAAGGCUUAACUGGGAAUGUGCCCACAGUGAAUCCAGAAUUAAAGAUAGCAUUGAAGCUGAUUUAAAAAAAUCCAAAGUAUAGAGUUUAAUGUUUAGUAAAAUAUUUAUUGUCAUACAAAUAUAACUUUCGGCUUACUACAUAAGCAUUUUAUAAAACAUAUCACGCAUCAGUUAAUAUGACUUUCAUCGACAAACAGAUGGUUUAAAUAAAACAAAACCUUUUAAUAACUCGCUACAGAUUGGGUAGUAUGAUCAACCAAUUAGAAUAACUCACUACAAAUCGGGGAACAACAGAGAACUCUUGUAUAUAGUUUAAUGCAUUAUACUUUUUAUAGUAAAUAAUAUUUUUUUACGUUAUAGGAAAAACUAUAAAACGAUAAUAUAAAAAUUGAUUUACGCAGUAUUAAAAAUAAUAUUUAUACUGUUACUCGGCAUAUAAAUAUUUUAUUUUAUAAACUUUUUAUGUUUAAAAAUCUUUAGUUUGUACCUAUUGCUUUUACCUUGUAAUUAAA